AUUGUAUUUUCUCUCUUCACAGUUUCUCAUCAUGCCAAACUGGGGUGGAGGAAACAAAUGUGGCGCCUGCUGCGGGACGGUGUACCACGCUGAAGAGGUCCAGUGUGACGGGGGGAGUUUUCACAAGUGCUGCUUCCUCUGCAUGGUCUGUAGAAAAGGGCUAGACAGCACCACACUGGCCAUCCAUGACCAGGAAAUCUACUGCAAGUCCUGCUACGGUAAAAAAUACGGCCCGAAAGGAUACGGCUACGGUCAGGGAGCAGGAACCCUCAACAUGGACCGCGGCGAGAGACUGGGCAUCAAACCAGAAGAAACCCAAACUCACCGACCCAGCACCAACCCAAACCCGUCCAAGUUGGCGCAGAAGUUCGGCGGCUCAGAGAAGUGUGCGCGCUGUGGAGAGUCUGUGUACGCUGCAGAGAAAGUGAUGAGCGCUGGGAAGCCGUGGCAUAAGAACUGCUUUCGCUGUGCCAAAUGUGGAAAGAGUUUGGAGUCGACCACUCAGACGGAGAAAGACGGAGAAAUCUACUGCAAAGCUGCUGCUGCUGCCACGACAACGCCACCAACAGGAAGAGGAAAUGGAGGAGAGCAAAAGGGGGAAACGUGA